AUGCCGGCGAUAGCACUGCCAACACCACUGGCAUCAAACUUCAGUGUCUCCAUAAUUCUUGAGCCAACAAUUGCUCGUAGUCGUAGAACACUCUCAAUCCGGUGCUCCUCAUCACCCACCCCGCCCAUGUCUAGUCAUCCCGCAAAGCGCGUCGUGGUGUGCGGAGGCGGAGUCAUCGGCGUCUGCACGGCAUACUUCUUAUCCAAAAACGGCGCCGCCGUCACUCUCGUCGAGCAAUCCUCCGUGGCGUGCGCCGCCUCCGGCAAGGCCGGCGGGUUCCUCGCUCUCGACUGGUGCGACGGCGGCCCUCUCGCCUCCCUUGCUCGCGCCAGCUUCGAUCUCCACCGUUCGCUAGCCCAAGAGCUCAACGGCCCGGAAUCCUACGGAUACCGCGCGCUCACCACCCUCAGCGUCACCGUCACGGAAUCUUCGUCGCCGUCCCGGAGCAAGCCAAGUAGAGGCCUGCCUUCUUGGGUUGACGGGCCGGCUGCAGGCCCAAGAACUAUUGGGUCAAUGGAGACAACGGCUCAAGUGCACCCGCAGUUGUUUACCAGGGCCGUUCUGGCGAAGGCGGUGGAGAGCUACGGUGUGGAGGUGGUGAUUGGGAAAAUGGAGAGAUUGGGGGUGGUGGAGGAGGGGGAGGGAAGAGGGCGAGUUGACUCGGUGGUUUUGGCCGGUGGGCGAGUGAUUGAGGCGGACGCGGUGGUUUUGGCACUUGGGCCAUGGACCGGAAAGUUUGAGAUGCUGAGUUCAUUGUUCAGGGUAUAUGGGCUUCGAGCACACAGCAUAGUUUUGGAGCCCAAAGAUCCAGAUGCUACAACGCCACAUGCACUUUUCUUGAGUUAUUAUCCAGCUCAGGGAGGUCGGCCCAUGGACCCGGAGGUGUAUCCCCGCCCAACAGGAGAGGUGUACGUGUGUGGCAUGUCAUCAGAGAUGGAGGUGCCAGAUGAUCCGGAGCAGGUAAUUGGCGACCCUGAGUCAAUAAAGGUGCUAAAGAGAGUAGCCAGGACUGUGUCAAGCCACUUAGCAGAAGGAGAGGCACGAGUGAAGGCAGAGCAAGCUUGCUUCUUGCCAUGCACGGAUGAUAGUGUGCCUAUAAUAGGUGAGAUUCCGGGGGUGAAGGGAUGUUAUGUGGCCACUGGACAUAGCUGUUGGGGGAUUCUUAAUGGUCCUGCUACUGGGGCUGCAAUGGCUGAGCUUGUUUUAGACGGGCAAUCCAAAAUUGUUGAUCUCACAAAAUUUAGUCCAGCCAGAUUUGUUGGCGGACGCAGAAGGCAUUAG